GUCCUCUGAGAUCUGAAAGCGAAGAAAAGAUUCACGACGCUGGACUCAGAAAAAGAAUCCAUCUCUCGCCGCUACUAUGUCUUCCACGGACUGGAAUCGACAACGGCGUGGGUGUCAAGCUGCCUCUCUCAGACACGAAACGAGGUUGCUUCCCAGACAACAAGGUGUAUCAAAUUGGCAAACAUCUUCAUACGCAAGUUGGGCAUAUGUGGGUGAUUAAGACGUGUCUCGCAACCAAGGUCCUUCAAGCUUCAAGGGCGAUGCAUUCAUAAAUCUUGGCACGUUGCAUCAUGAUGGGACAGACAGUCGCAUCGCAACAAAUGGAUGACCGUGACACAAGCCGUCACACUGAGCGGCUGUACAACGGUGACUUCCUUAUAUGUGCAGCAUAUUACCCCUUUCGGACGUCACAUUAGGGCAAAUAUCAGUUUCAGAUCUUCUCUACAGCCUCAUCGAGCCGCCUGUAUGAGCGUUGCCAACGGUUAAAAGGCAGGGAUAGAGAUGAUGGCAAAGCGAGUGGAUCUCCCCCGUUUCUUAUUCUUUGCUUCUUUUUGCUUUUCGCUCUUCUCUUCACUCUUUUCGUCAUGAACACCCUUCUUUUCUUCCUUCUUGUAUCGCUGUGCGGUAUUACUUAUGGCCUCCGAAUUCCUGUCAGGGCUUCCCAAGCCCAGGAUCUUGUUCCUCGUGGAACGAAACAUCAUGGACGUGGUGUUCGCAUGCACCAGAUGAAGAUGCAUAAAGGCAAAGGGUCUAAUAACAGCACCGUGGAGAAUGUCAACAACGCCAAGGACGUAGUCUAUGCUACCAACAUCACUGUCGGCGGCAAAGAAUUUCCUAUCCAGCUCGACACUGGUUCAUCUGACCUAUGGAUUAAGCCACCAUUCAAUGUCACAUUUACGAAUCAGACCAACAUCCAAGCCAAUUUGACUUUCGGUAUUGGCGCAGUCUCUGGAAACAUCGCAUUCGCGGAUGUCUCUUUGGGCCCUUACCAUGUUAAUUCGCAAGCUUUGGUGAAUGCGACGACCGCCACUGACUUUGGUGCGAUCUUCAACAACGGAAUCUUCGGUAUCAUGGGUCUCGCUUUCGAUCAAGCGUCCACCGUUUUCGUCGAGACGCUCCUCUCUUUUGGACGCAAUAACACCCAAGGACGUACUUUCCUCGGCAACAUCUUCGCCCAGAACACGAGUGCACCCAACCUAUUCACAGUGCUUCUAGGCCGUACAGAUGAUCCUAACGGCGACCAAGAGGGUGUUUUCACCAUUGGUGAAUACGAACCAGUGUUCAAGAACAUCACUUCCCAACCAAAGUUAAACCGGACUCCCGCUCAGUUGGUCAAUAUUACGACUGAGCCUCGGUGGUCUAUCCAGAUGGAUAAGAUGGUUGUGAACAGGAAAGAAUUCAAGUUCAACAAGUCUAACGUCGCGGAAGCAGCUGCUGGGAAGACUGUCAUGGUCCUGGACACUGGAUUCACCUUCUCGCAAUUCCCACCUGCCGCUGUGGAUUUCAUCUAUAGCAGCAUUGAAGGUUCCAAGUUCAAUAAGACCAGCGGAUUGUGGGAGGUUCCUUGCGAGAAUACAACUAACUUGGAAUUCGACUUUGGUGGCAAGAAAUUCCCUAUCCACCCGCUUGAUAUCACUGUCGUUAAAAACGUCGGAAAUAAAACUGUUUGCCAGAACACUUUCAGGAACUUGAAUCUUCCGGCUUCAGCUCUUGGUUCUGAUAUCGGAUUCGACGCUAUCAUGGGUGUUCCCUUCCUCAAGAACGUCUAUGCGUCCUUCGACUUUGGUGACGUCGGUAAAGACAACAAGACCCUUGGUGUCCCUUUCGUCCAGAUGCUCUCCACCACGCCCGAUGCAGCAGAAGCUCUGCGAGAAUUCAACAAAGUCCGUCCCAAGCAAGUCGCCUAUGCUGAGAAGCUAGCAUCCUCAGGAGCCACAGGCGCCAUCUCCUUCAACGAUGACGCCGUUCUGAAUAGUCUCUCCCUCGGAAGUACAUUCAGCUCUGAGGUGCCUCUCGUCAAACGGGCAAUCAGGAUGGUCGUCAGCGGUCAUUUCCCCAUUCAUCGACUCGUCCCUCAACGUGUCCGUCACUGCAUUCAUUCCGCUGCGAGAUCGCGCCCUGUUGUGCUCGCUCUCCUUGCAGGUGCAAUCUUCCUCUCAUUGUCAUCCUGUGUGAUUGGUGUCAUUCUAGCUGUGCGCAUGUAUAUGCGCUCGAGGGCGAGCGAGGAAGACGGCUAUGAGCCUAUCUUCGAUGCCGAUGACGGGACGACGAAUGAGAACGACGACUAUGAAAGGUCCAUUUACGACUAAUGUUCCAAUGACUUUACGAGGCCUACCGCACACUCCUUUUCAUCUUUUAGGGUCACUGGUUUGAUCCAUAUGACGUAACCCGUUACUUUACGUUCCAGCAACUUUGCUCUUGGUUCAAUAGCUUAGCUGCUUGUAUUUUUGCAUUUCCUUCAAUUCAGGGUGGUUCAUGACGAAAACAACUCUAGUUCUUCUUCGUAGUAACCUGAGAGCUUCAACAAAACUGUAACACAACU